AUGUCAUCAACUACUAUCAGUCCUGAGAUCUUGUCUCUUAUAGAUCCAGUGGUGUCUGGGUUGAAACGUCAUCAGAUUGUGGGAGAUAAAGUGAUUGCAUUAGCCAUAUGUCAUUUAUUAAUGAAAGUUAUAUCAGCUGCAAGAUGGACUAACCCUUAUGAUUUAAUUAAUAUCAUUAGAAAAGUAGGGACCAUCCUUCAUACUGCAUAUCCUAGAAAAAUCAUAACUGGGAACAUUGUCAGAAGAGUAUUGGCUAUAAUUCGUGAUGAAAUCGAAACUGAAAAUAGUAAUAAUGAUAAUACUCCAAUGAUGAGUUCAAUGUUUAGUUUAUUAUCCACCAAUAGUAAUACCAGUCAUAAAGUUCAACAUAAUCAACUGAAAAAACAAUCUAGUGAUUUUAGAUCGGUGGUUAUUGAAGGAAUAAGAGAUUUAAUUGAUGAGAUCGCUAAUGUUAAUGAAGGUAUUGAAACCAUGUCUGUCGAUUUAAUUCAUGAUAAUGAAAUUUUAUUAACUCCUACUCCAACUUCAGAAACAGUAUUACAAUUCUUAAUAAAAGCUAGAGCCAAAAGAAAGUUUACAGUAUUGGUUACUGAAAGUUUUCCCAAUGAUAUAAAUACUGCUCAUAAUUUUGUGAAGAAAUUAGCUGAUCAUAAAAUUGAAACUAUUUUAAUCCCUGAUACCACUGUAUUUGCUGUAAUGUCUCGAGUUGGGAAAGUUAUCAUUGGAUCAAGUGCAGUAUUUGCCAAUGGUGGUUGUAUAUCCAAUUCUGGGGUAGCUCAUGUGGUUGAAUGUGCUAAAGAACAUAAAACUCCCGUGUUUGCUUUAGCUGGAUUAUUCAAAUUAUCUCCCUUAUACCCAUUUAAUGGAGAUGAUUUAAUUGAAGUGGGUAAUUCAGGUAAAGUUUUAAACUAUGAUGAUUUCAAAUUUGUCGAAAAUGUCGAACUUGUCACUAAUCCAUUGGAUAAUUAUAUACCACCCGAACAUAUUGAUAUUUAUAUCACUAAUGUUGGAGGUUUUGCUCCUUCGUUUAUUUAUAGAAUUGUUUUGGAUAAUUAUAAAACCGAAGACAAUAAGCUCGAGUAA